CGUUCUAUGUUCAUUGCUCCUCGAUCACACAGAAUGUCAAUCGCUCAUGUCGUACGGAAUGAGGAGAUUGGCCACCUCGUUGAAUCAGUUUGGCAUGGAUUUGGCUCGUUCGAUGGAAAUGCAGCCACACCACACAACCUCAUCAUCGUAUUCGUUUUGUCCGUUCUGUGUGGGCACUUCGUUGGCCAUAUUGAUGGCCGGCCUUGAAGACAACGGCCCGUUAUCAUUGCGAUACGCUCUCUACCUGAAUUCGAUGCAGCCACAAGAAGUGCAUCUAGCAUUUCUGGAUCUAAUGCGUCACCUACAGGUCAAUUUACCCGUUGGUUUCUCGAUACAACAGCCACACAAUUUGUGGGAAGCGAAUCACCGGAACCAUGGUCUUGCUGAUGAUGUCAUGUUCAUAGUGAAUCAGGUGUACGUCCAACGCUACAUUCCGAUGGACUAUCGAUUCUAUCGUCUGGUGCAACGUUAUUACCAGACGCCGAUACGAAGCUUGGAUUUUGCCUAUGCACCGGAAGAAUCGUGGCAUCAUAUCAAUGCCAAAGUGGAACAUGAAACCCAAGGAAGAAUCGACCAUGUGCUCGAUUCACAGCUCGUGACAUCGUCUCCUCAUCCAUUGUCAUCCACACGACUGCUUUUUCUGUCCGGCCUUCAUUUCCGAGCUAGACUUGACUUUCGACAAUUGGUUAGUCCUGCGAUGCAUGAUCAACAACGACGUCGUCGAGGUGCCCUGCAACGACUCUGGCCUUUGCGGUCACCUUUUCUUCCGCCAGCUAAUCAUCACCAGAUUUUGUUUCCGGCUUUGGUUCAUUCGAACCACCAUCAACCACCACCACCACCACCAAUCAAUCGUCCUCCAUUCGGAUUGCUAUUCAAACCAUGGUUGGCCAACAACAUAACAAUAACGACAACAUUGCCAUCCACUUCAACAUCAUCAUCACCAUCUACGACGACGACGACGACGACGACGACCACCACCACCACCACCACCAGCACAGCUUCGCCUGUAAUUGCUUUGAAAUUAUCAUCAACAACUACGGCGGCACCAGUCCAAAAUACCCAUCAUAUGGAACAUGCAGCAACAUUCAAUCCAUUCGAACCAUUAUUAUUAUCAAACGACAAGGGUAAUCGAGUUGCAGUUAAGAAAAGAAUCCGACUACGGUAUCAGCACAACGAUUAUCUGAACAGCACCGUUAUUGAAUUGCCAUUUGUGGGAGGCACAGUGUCCCUGUUGAUUCUGCUUCCGGACAGUCUACAACAAAUGCCGUUGAUGCUAUCCCGGUUGAACGGUCAGCUGAUCAUCGAUCUAUUGCAGACACUACAGACGAGACGGAUGGACAUAAGUUUGCCAUUGUUUACAAAUCACACCCAUUAUAUAAAUCCUGAUCGCCUGAGUAAUCUUCUCACUUUGAUCGGUUUAGGUGAGCUAUUCACUGUCACAAACGACAAUCAUUCGGAUGACCAUCGUUCGUUGGCUGCAGCAUUGGUGCCAAUGAUGCAGAUUUCUCACAAAUGCAUGAUUGAUAUGAAUGUUAUCGACGACGACGACGACGACGACAACGAUGAUGAUGAGCACAAUGACUGGUCAGGAACAACACAAGACAACAAGAUCGCCAAGAAACUCUCUCAUCAGGAAGAUGCGAUGAAGCACAUUAGUUUGCAAAUGGAAACCUUCAUCUAUCUCAUCAUCGACAACGUUUCCGGCCUCAUCCUGGUGAUGGGCAAACAUGGUUCAAACUAA